AUGAAGCGCAAGAGACCAGUCGAGCUGAUGGACCUGCCCAAGGAGGUCCUCAGCAUGAUCGUCAAGGACGCCGAGACGCCUCUCGACGACAGCACUCCUCUUGACCAGAACAACUAUGGCGGUGUCAAAGCCCUGUCGCAGGUCAACCGGACCUUCCGUGCCAUCUGCCUGCAGACCUCCCUGAAACACGUCCGCAUUUGGAACUCUGAGGACAGCCUGGCCCGCCGUCUCCGCGAGAUCUACGACCACGGCCAGCAUAUUCUUAGUAACUCGACUUCUAUCUCGAUCCGGAGCAUCGGCUACACCUUGGACGCCGCGCGCCACUACAGGACCCGGGCCCCGGAGAAGACCGAUUUCAUCCGCGACUUCGGCCUCGUCCUGUCCGCAAUGCCGAAGCUCAGAGAGGUCCGUCUCGUCUCCGAGAACGGCCGGCACGGCAUCGAGCCCGUCCUCCGCAAGUUCUUCAACGCCAAGAAGCUCGUGUUCCCCGAGGUCAAGUCGCUGUACAUCCGCACGGCCGGCCCGGUCGCCAGGAUCUACCGCUGCUUUCCGAACCUCGAGGCCAUCAACUUCAACCUCCAUGGCAACACCGGCAAGGUGCCCUCCAGCCCCCUGUCCCAGGACUUCAAGAUCCUGAAGGAGCCCAUCUUCCAGAGUCUCCGUACCUUGGCCAUCUACAAGUCGGCCGGUUCCGGCUGGACUGGGGAUGAUAUCAGCGCUGUCGUUAAAAACUUCCCGAACGUCGAGCGGCUGUUUCUCCAGGGCUGUCUUGGAGGCGAUGUGUCUCACAUGUUCCGCUUCCUCCCUCACAAAACCGGCGAGCUUUUUGCUCCUCACCGCAACCUGCGCUAUCUCGCUCUGACGGACGAACCCUACCUCCACAUCACCAAGAACCACCGCCUGGUCCGGAAGCUGGAGCCCUUCAUCCCCUACGCGCGCUGGGAGGCUGUGGCCAAGAAGUUCUUUGCUGUCUUGCCGGACUUGGUCGAGCUCUGCAUGAUCCGGCAGACCGACUUCUCCGGGCUCGUUCUCCGCCCCAUCCGGCAUGCAGUCCCCGAUGCGGACGACGGCGGCCCGCGGGGUGUCCCGGUCGAGGUCGUGCGCCGGUACGCGGACGAGUCGCCGCGGCGGCGGCUCAACUUCCCGCCGGCGCGCUGGAACGGCGACAUGUGCGUCUGGUGGCCCGCCUGGGGCCCCGUGCCGACCGAGGACGACUUCGGCAUGCCCGACGAGCCCGACGGCGCCGUCCAGCUGAUCGGCCGCCACAACGGCGUCCACUUCCGCAACGUCGCCGAGGGCUUGCCCGUCGUGCUCUACACCGAGAUGAUCCUCGACCACUGCGAGACGGGCCCCUGGGACGUCGAGUGGCUGAGAGUUAUUAGAAACCAGCGCUAA